CCACGUUGUAAAAGCAAUGCGAAGAUUUCGCGUUACAAGACCGAUACUGAAAAUAACGUUUCGCCCAAUGAGCUGUACGACACCUAGUGAAUAUACGUAUGUAAUUGAUAAGGACGAAGCGUUACGCUUUUGUGUUCGUUGCUUGGAGAAGGUUGGCGUUACAAAAACCCAUAGUACAGAACUGUCCGAAGUUUUGAUAACGGGCGAUUUGCGGGGCCACUACAGCCAUGGACUGAAUAGAUUAGAAAUGUAUGUACAAGAGGUGGAAACAGGAGUUUGCGAGGCUCACGGCGAGCCAUGUAUUGAACGCGAAACCAGUUCUACUGCUCUGAUUAAUGGUAAAAACUUAUUGGGACCUGUGGUCGGCAAUUUUGCAAUGAAAACUGCAAUCGCUAAAGCGAAAGAUACUGGAAUAGGUUGGGUGUCUGCUUACAAUUCCAAUCACUACGGUAUUGCGGGAUGGUACAGCUUGAUGGCCGCGAAAAAUAAAUUAAUCGGCAUGUCAUUCACGAAUACCUCUCCACUUGUCUUUCCAACAAGGUCUAGAAAGCGUGCCGUAGGCACUAAUCCAAUUACUGUGGCUGCACCAUCUGAUACCCCUGGCGACGAAUUUGUUUUGGACAUGGCAACUAGUGCUGUCGCUUUGGGUAAAAUUGAAAUGUGUCGUCGAAGAGGCCUACCAAUUCCUGAUGGUUGGGCUGCUGAUUCUGAGGGAAGAUCCACCACAGAACCGGAAGUUGCGAUCAGCGGGGGAGCUCUGCUACCUUUGGGAGGAGAGGAGAACACAAGUGGAUACAAGGGAUCUGGUUUAGCCAUGAUGGUUGAAAUCUUCUGCGGCAUUUUGGCAGGUGCAAGCUAUGGAUCAAACAUCCGCGACUGGAUGCAUGUGGAUAGACCCGCAAAUCUGCUCCAUUGUUGCAGUCAUCGACAAGAUCUCGCAUCAUGA